AUGGACCCACCGCCGGGGGUCCCGCCGGAUAACACUACACCCACAAGAUGGCAGCGGAGGUGGUUCGUUUUGUACGACGAUGGCGAGUUGACGUAUUCCCUGGACGAACACCCUGAUACGGUCCCACAAGCCAGCGUGGAUAUGACUACUGUGCUGGAGGUGAGCGAGGCUGACAGCGUGACGGGGCACGCCCACAGCCUCGCCAUCACGGCGCCUGAGCGCGUGACCUUCGUCAAGGGCACCAGCCGGGAAGAAGCGAGAUGGUGGGCGGACGUGCUCAGCAUGUACCCGAGGAGUAAGGGCCGGCACAAACGCAACGCCACUUUCCCCGGAGGGCAGACGGGAAGUCUGCUUCAAUCUUCGACAACCAGAAAAUAUUCCGCGGACGCGUCGACGCUCCGCGACGCGGCGGACGGCUGCUCCAGCGCCAGACCGCGGUUCUGCACCGGCGGCACCACCACCUGGCCCGGGCCCAGGGUGCAGCCGCCGCAGCCCGAGAUCGCCAGCAUAGCGGCCCCGGCAAGCGUCGACACCAAAGUGUACGCUGACCAGCCGGUGUCCUCUGCGUCCCCUCCGACCCGGGACAAGAUCAAUGGCGAGGAGAAGGCACGCACGCGGCGCAGGGAAUGGGCAGAGUCAGGCGCCACUUCCACCGUCGACGAAGACGUGAGCGUGGCGCGGUCCCCGCUGCUUCAGCAACAGAACCAGCAGUACGACGAGCAGCUGAGGGACAUCGCCGCGUCCCUCACUCGGCCGCGGUCCCGUCGCGCCCUGCCGCCGACCCUGGAGCGCCCCACCAGGCUGCCGCCCCCGGACCGUCUACCGGCAAGAGGUUCACCAGAUGGAGGUGCCCCACCCGAGGAAGGAAACUCGAGCUCCGCGAGUGAGGGUAGUGAGCCAACCGACCCAGUGGAAGCUUCGGAGAAUGGGGAGAGCGGGAGGGUGGAACUGCCAGCCGAAAGAUUGCUCCACGCCAGGGCGGGGUGGCUCCAAAGGCGAGGGCCUGCAGGGUGGUCCCGACACUGGUUCGUGCUGCGCGGCGCCGCCCUGCUCUACUUUAGAGACCCACAAGCCGAGCAUCGCGGUUUGCUGGACGGCGUUAUCGACCUAAGCGGGGUAGCCAACGUGGUGGAAUUGCCGACUUCCGCCUCCACUAAUGGAUACGCCUUCGAAACAGAGACGUGGGACGGAAAGCACAUCGUCUUGUCUGCUGUGACGGCUGGCAUCCGAUCCAACUGGGUUUCGGCUAUCCGCAGAACAGCCGGCUUGCCUGAUACCGCACCUCUAUCUUUGAUAUUACGAGAAGACAGUGUGGACCAAGCGUCGGAAUCGUCCACUUCCCCCGUGACCCCUAUCACCCCAAACACCGCCAAAUCAGCACCAUUCUCUUCGGACGAGGAGUAUAGAACUGCUUCCGAGGGUGGCAGAAGAGACAGUGCGGAUUGGGGAGACAUGACGUCACAACCGCCACCGUCACCCAUACUGAAUCGUACUCCCAUCUCCAAAGUCAAGGAAAGGGUUCGCGCCCGAUCCUGUCACCAGCCAACAAUACGAACAGAUCUGAAGGACGAGAAGGACGAAAUCGAUUCCGCCAAGGAACGCUCCGUGGACGAAGUUGAUGAAAACGAAAAACCUAACGAGCCUAGGAAACGCAGCUACAUUUCGACUAUCGACAAGCAGGCGAUAGAAAUUGAUGACCUUCGAAAACAGCUGAAGUUGGCGCUGAGCGACGUGAACGCAGCGGAAUCAGAACUUGCAAGGCUGCGAAAGCUCAAAUCCGAAACUGCAUUGCGAGAGAAGAAAAUGGAGGAACUCGUCACUGCCUUACAGAAGAAGGAAGAGGAGUUGUCCAUGCGUACUAAAGAUGCCGAAAACUUAGACGCUAUAAAGCAGCUCUAUAAUCAUGAUAAAACGACGUGGGAAUCGAAACUAACGGAAACGCAAAAUUUUUUGAAAGAAUCAACUGAGCACUGCGAAUUGCUCACCAGGCAACUUGCAUCGGCUCAAGAGAACAUAAAACAAUUGCAGCGAGAAUUAAACGACCUCAAUGAGAAACUAGUAAAAAGUGUUAAAGAAAACGACGGUCUCUACUCCAGGAUCAGGGAGUUAGAAGGCCGUGCAGCUUCAGAAUCGCCAUCUAAAGAAAAGAGAAAAAGUAUUGGUUCAUUAAGCGACUUAACAAAUCUAAAUAAAGACCUGCACUUGGAAUCUUUGGAAAAGAAUAGACUUAUCGAAGAAUACGUUGAACUAAGGGGGCGAUUCCUGAAAGCUAUCCAAGAAAUUAAGGCUAUGAAAAAGGAGCUCCGAGAAUCACACAACAUGUAUGACGAACUCGAAAUUACGAAUAUGAAAUUAAGAAACGAAAUGAAAUUAAGAGAACAAUGCAGCAGAUCCGAAAUCAAUCUUAUGGCAGCGAAGAUUUUGGAUUUGACACAAAAAUUAACAGCGUCGGACAAACAAGUUCGGACGUUGAAACAUAAGAUCCAAAAAACUGAAUCGAGGGAAAAGAGGCGAAGUCUGUCACUUAAAGGUAGAGAAUCGUUUUCAUUGGGAAAGGAGUUAGAGGAAAAGUUAACAGAAUUAGAAAACAAGAUAUCUCUCCUUGAAUCUGGAGAACCUGUCCCUACCAUUAACUCUCCAUCUAAAAGUGGAUCCCCAGCCAAAGAAAAACCUACCAAAAGUGACAAUGUUACAGAUGAAAAACGCCUGAAAAGGCUAGCGGCGCGUCUAAGGCGAAAGUCUUUAGAUAGUGCCACAAGCUCAGAACCCAUGAAAAUGCUAGUCCGACUAAGUUCGUUAGAAACCAAAAUCACUUCAGCUAUUGACGGCCGGCGUGAUUUAACCAAUUCUUGCGAAUCUUUAAGCAUAGCGACGGCCUCUCCAGAUAGUCCCUCGAUGAACGACAGCCAAGAUAGCUCCUCAAUCGGUACACAAUCCCAAAGGCAUCUUCUCGACCGUCUACAGAGCCUCGAAAAUGUAGUGAUACAUUCGAGGAAUAAAGUAAACGAAUGCCUGUGCCAAAUGAGCGCCAUGCGUGCAGCGAAGUCACGCCGAUCGCCAUCACCAAGCCUCGAGAAAAAAUACAGCAUCAAAUCAAUGGAGAAAUGCUUGAUGGAUGUCAGUAAGCGAUUGCAAGAGUGUUUCGAUAAAUGCGUGGUGGACUCUCAAGACAGUUGUAAAGAUGAAGAAAUUAAUGACAGCGUAGCACAGGUCGUCGUGCAACUCGAAGAGCAGUUGAGAACGAAGUUAUUAGAAAUAUCCAAUAAAAAGGCAGCCUUGUAUGAAGCCGGCGAACUGACGCAACAAAAGAGCUUGGAAAUACUCGCAGAAAAGCUAGCAUAUGAGGCUGUACUCAUCAGCAGGAUACAAGAGGCUUUAGAAUCUUCCAACGGAAGUAGAUUCUUCGCUAGAUUAAUAAAGUCUGAAAUAAACGAAACUAGUCAACUAAUCGAUAGCCUUAAAUGUAAGAUAAAUGGAGACAGUUGCAAAAAUAUCAGUAGCACGAAGAGCUCACUCGACUACCUCGCGAGGAUAUUGUCGCGCAAAAUUGACAUAAUGAAUAAUAAAGAGACCAAGGAACUUAGGAAAUCCGAGUUGAUCAUACAAAGCGCCGACCUCGAGGCGCUCAAAGCUUCCCAGAAGGAGGUCGCCGAAGCGGUCGACAAGUACAAGAGCGAGAAGCUGGCCGAGCUUUGCUCCGCGCUAGCGUGCGAGACGCUCAGCCACGCGGCUCCGAGCGACGGCGACCUCGAGCGGCUACGGGCGAACGUGGAGGCGGCGCGGGUGCGCGAGGCGUGGGCGGCGGCGAGGGACGCGCUCGGCGGCGAGCUGGUGCAGGCCGAGGUGGCCCGCGCCCUGGGCCGCGCCGCGCAGGUGUGCGAGGAGCAGCUGGACGAGGCGCGGCGCGGCCGGCUCACGCUCUCGGCGCAGGAGCGCGCCGACCUCGAGCUGUGGUGGCAGGCGGCGCACGACCACCUGCGCUGCGAGAUGGACGCGGCCGUGCGCGACAUCGCGGCGCGCUACCGCGAGUGCCUCGCCGCCGAGCGGCGCGCCAGCGGGGGCGCCGCGCCGGGACUCGACAGCCGCGCGCUGCUGCUGCAGCUGGCCGACGUCCUGGCGCGGAAGGCCCUCGUGGACGCGCGCGUCGCCGUGGUGGAGGGCACCUACCGCGCCUCCGAGCGGCCCGACGCGGCCGCGCACCGCGCCGAGGACGCCAUCUCCUCGCUGGAGACGGACCCCUCCCGCGAGGCGGAGUUCGUCUACCUCUUCCAGCACUUCUCGAACGAGUGCCGAGCGCUCUUCUCCAGUGACUGUUCGGGCAACAGUGAAGACUCGAUGAAGAUCGGCGAAAGCCUCGAGCGGGUGGAGGCGGCGGUGGCGGCGGUGCACCGGCGGCUGGGCGGAGACGAGCCCGCGCCCGACUCGCCCGCAGAGGGCGGCGUACUGGGGCGCGUCGAGGCGCUGCGGCGGCGCGUGGAGGCGCUGCAGGCGCUGGCGCCCUGCCAGCACUGCAAGCGGCUGCAGGAGGCGCUGGACCGGCUAACGGCCGAGCGGGCGCGCGGCGAGUGCGCGCUGGCGCAGCAGGCGGGCGCGCUGGCCGCCGCGCGGAGGGCGCGCGCGCAGCUGCAGGCGCAGCACGAGCGCGAGCGCGCCGUGCUGCGCGAGAGGGCGCGCACGCUGCAGCGCCGCCUCGCCGCCCUCGACUCCGAGUACUCCGCGCAGCUGGACAGCCUCCGUGCCGCUUACCAGGUGGUCACUGUGACUGAGCAGUCGACGUGUGGUACGCAGAGCGCGGUGGCGGCGGACACGCACGGCGACGGGCUGCGCGCGCGCUACCAGCAGGAGAUCGAGCAGCUGCGCGCGCUCUGCGAGAAGGGCCUGCUGGCCAUGGAGAGCUCGCACCGCCGCAUCGUGCGCGAGAUGGAGGAGAAGCACCGCGCCGAGCGCGAGCAGCUCAGGCUGGACAAGGAGCAGGCGCUGGCGGAGGAGACGCGCGCCACGCUGGCCGCGCUGGACGCCAUGCGCAAGGCGCACGAGAGCGAGGUGCGCCGCGAAGUGGACAAGUUCAAGGCGGAAUUCCUCGCGAGGGCCGCGCACCCCGACCUGGGACAGCUCAGCUCGCGCCACCAGCAAGAGAUGGAGGAGAUCAAGCGGGAGAUCCUGUCCCUGUCGGAGAAGUACUCCGUGAAGUGCGUGGAGUCCGCCGCGCUGGAGGAGCGGCUGGCCACCGCCACGGCGCAGCUGGCGCAGGCCCACAACCACAUCAUGCAGCUCGACGCCAGAAAUAAGCAGCUCCGAGCCCACAUUAUAUCUGAGGCGAACGAGAUGAAAAACUCCGAGGCGGCCUCCCUGUCGCAGCUGAUAGAAGAAACGGCACCGACGAAGGCGCCGAAGAGCGGCGCGGAGGGGCGUCCCCGCCACCUGCAGUUCGCCGCCAGCGACGCCCGCAGCCUGCAGCUGUCGCCGGUGCAGAAC